AUGGCACAAGAUCACACUCCUGGCGCUGUCCCGGUCAAUGAGAAAGACCCUCCAAAUGAGCAACUCGAUGAUACCACAAGUGAUCGCUUUGUUCCGCUGGCAGGCUUUCCCCAAGAUGAGGAGUCCGGUGUGAACAACAGGGCUGAUCCUCGGUCGAAGUCGCUCUCUAGAACCGUCACCAAUACCAGUCAUAUCGGGACAUUGGCUGCCCGGACCUUGUCACUUGUGCGGACCAGAGAAUCCGGAAAGGAUAUCGGCCCUCCUCCUGAUGGAGGUCUCUUUGCUUGGACCCAGGUCCUCCUGGCUCACUUCGUCAUCUUCAACACUUGGGGGUAUAUCAACGGGUUUGGUGUCUUCCAGACAUACUAUACGGAGCACUUGGGCCGGCCUCCAUCCGACAUCUCCUGGGUCGGCAGCAUCCAGAUUUUCCUACUCUUCUUCAUUGGAACACUGUCAGGCCGUGCGACGGAUGCCGGCUUCUUCAAAGUCACUUUGGCCACGGGAGCGCUGCUGGAAGUCUUUUGCAUCUUCAUGACCUCCCUGUGCACCGAGUACUGGCAGCUGUUCCUCGCUCAGGGAGUCGGUCAGGGCAUCGGUUGCGGCCUCAUGUUCUGCCCGACCGUAGCCUUGAUGGCCACGUAUUUUACCACGAAACGGGCCCUUGCCAUCGGAAUCGUGGCCUGUGGAUCGGCGACGGGAGGGUUGGUUUUUCCAGCGGUCGUCGUGCGCCUGCUGCCACAGGUCGGAUACGCCUGGACGAUGCGCGUUCUGGGCUUCAUCACUCUGGCCACGCUCGUCCCUCCGGUGGUUUUCCUAAAACAACGAUUGCCGCCCCGGAAGAGCGGCCCGCUGGUGGAAUGGGCCGCCUUCAAGGAGCUGCCAUACCUGUUUUUUGCCAUCGGGAUGUUCCUCAACUUCUGGGGGCUCUACGUCGGCUUCUUCUACAUCGGCAGCUUUGGCCGCAACAUCAUCGGGGUCUCCGAGACCACCUCGGUGUAUAUCCUGCUGGUCAUGAACGGCAUCGGCAUCCUGGGUCGGGUGAUCCCCAAUACCAUGGCUGACUGGUACACCGGUCCGUUGAACAUGCUGAUCCCCUUCAGCCUGGUCACCGGCCUGGUAUCCUUCUGCUGGGCCGGGGUCGACGAGAUUCACGGGUUAUACGCAUGGAGCGCCUUCUAUGGUCUGGCGGCCGCGGGCAUCCAGUCGCUAUUCCCAGCCACCCUGACCUCCCUGACCACCGACUUGAAGAAAGCCGGAGUGAGAAUGGGCAUGGUGCUCAGUGUGGUCGCAGUCGCAGCGCUGAUCGGGUCUCCGAUCGCGGGAGCCUUGGUUCAGACGGCCGGCGGACAAUACCUCUACGCUCAGAUGUUCAUGGGCAGUGCGAUUCUCGCUGGUACACUGACUUUGGUCGCUGCAAGAGUAGCCAAACUGGGGUUCACAUGGCAUCGGAUGUAA